GACCCUGGCGGCGCAGCGCGGCAUGUCGACAGCCGAAGGCGGCAAGGGCCGCGGCCGCGUCAGGAAGAAGAGAAGCAGGGACGGCGGCGAGGGAAAGAAUGCCGCCGGCAUUAGAUGCCGGGUUGACGAGGACUACGGCGAUGGCGAGAUUGACGCCGGCAAGACAUGCCGGGGUGAGGAGGACUAUGGCGAUGGCGAGAUCGGCGCCGGCAAGAGACGCCCGUUUGACGAGGACGACAACGAUGGCAGGACCGGCGACGACGAGGGCACGGGAGAUUGCAGCAUAAACUGUGACGACGAGACGGACGGCGGCGGCGACAGCACGGGCCAGGAUUUCAUCUACUACUACAGCAACGACGACGAUGACGCGGAGACGGAGGUCGACGACGACGCCAACGCGGUGGAACUCGCGGAGAAGAGGUACAUCGUUCUGAGCCAGGAUGAUAUCCGCGCGCGGCAGGAGGCGGACACGGCCGAGGUCGCCGAGGUGCUGUCCGUCCCGCGGGGCUUCGCCGCCGUCCUGCUGCGGCACUACAAGUGGCGAGCGAUGCGUGUCCAGGACGAAUGGUUCUCCGACGACCGCCGCAUCCGCGACGCCGUCGGCAUGCCGGCGGACGACGGCGGCGUCAUCGUGCCCACGGCGCACAGCCGCGAGCGUCUCGUCUGCGCCAUCUGCUUCGGAACGUUCCCCGCCGGCAGGACGAGGUCCGCGGCGUGCUCCGCCCACUUCUACUGCGACGAGUGCUGGCGCGGGUACAUCCGCGCGGCGGUGGAGGACGGCCCGCGGUGCCUGUCGCUGCGGUGCCCGGACCCGUCCUGCUCGGCGGCCGUCGUGCGGGAGCUGGUCGACGAGGUGGCCGACGACGCCGAGGAGAAGGCCCGGUACGCGCGGUUCGCGCUCUGGUCGUUCGUGGACGAGAGCGGCGGCAGGGUCAAGUGGUGCCCGGGACGCGGCUGCUCCCGCGCCGUGGAGUUCGUCGGCUGCGCCGGCGACGCGACGGAGGUGUUCUGCGAGUGCACGCACGGCUUCUGCUGGAGCUGCGGCGAGGAGGCGCACCGGCCGGUGUCGUGCGAGACGGUGCGCGCGUGGCUGGCCAAGAACGUCUCCGACUCGGAGACGGCGAACUGGGUGCUGACCAACACCAAGCUCUGCCCCAAGUGCCGGCGGCCGAUCGAGAAGAACCUGGGGUGCAUGCACAUGACGUGCAGCACCCCCUGCCGCUACGAGUUCUGCUGGGUGUGCUUGGGCCCAUGGCCGCACCGCUCCGGCUGCCGCUCGAGCUACCAGGAGAGUGGCAUGGACGCUGCCCAGCAACGGCAGCAGCAGGCCAAGGCGUCGCUGGACAGGUACCUGUAUCACUACGAGCGGUGGGCAGUGAACGCCAAGUCGAUGCAGAAGGCUCUGGCGGACAUGGACGAGUUGAAGAGGUCGGAGCUGGAGAAGAUGGCGGCGACGCUGGAAAUCCAGGUGGAGGAUCUUGAGUUCCUGACCAUGGCGUAUGAGCUGAUCGCCUAUGGCCGGCGAGUGACGCGCUGGGUGUAUGCGUACGGGUACUACCUGGACCCAGAGGCCAAGCGGAACCUGCUCGACCAGCUGCAGGACGACGCCAACCGGCGGCUGGAAGACCUGCACCACGCCGCCGAGGUGGAGAGGAUGAAGUUCUGCGGCGGCCAAGGCGGAUCCGCCAUGAACGACAUGUACAGGGCGUACAAGGAACAGCUCGUGAAGCUCACCAAAGUAACUCGAAACUACUUUGGGAACCUCGUGAAAGCGUUUGAAACCGACCUGCCCGAGUUCAAUUCUGUGAAAAAAUAG